AUGAAUCAAGCUCCUCGUCUCAAAUGGAAAUCAGAUUUUGAUAAGUACGUAAUUCUUGUUAACUUUGAAAAGCGGCAGUGGCAGCAUUGUACAACAGAUGACGACUGGAAUAUUUUUUGAGCCUGCAAGGAUUCUGUUAAGCAGAUUUUCAACCCAGACACUGGCCAGCGCUUAGGAGAUAACCAAUUAUUAAAUCAUUUUCCUAAUCAUUAUGAACUAACCCGAAAAGAUCUUAUGAUGAAAAACAUCAAAAGAUAUAGAAGGGAAAUGGAAAAGGAAAAUAAGGUAAGCCAAAAUAUUAUUUAAAAAUAUUUUUGGAAAAAAUAAAAAAAAUUAUUUCAGAAGAUUUUCCUAGACCGUAAAAUAACCCUAUUGCUGAAAAAGAUGAGCAUGGGAAUUACCUUUAUUUAGACAUUAUCCCUCAAACUUAUAACUUGCCUGUAGAAUACUCAAUAUUUGUAGAAGAAUUCAAAAGAAACCAGAACGCAACAUGGAUUAUGAAACCGACCAACAAGUCACAAGGAAAAGGUAUUUUUCUCGUAAAUAAAAUUUCCCAAAUAAAAAAAUGGGCUUCAACCUCCAAGCUCCCUUUUCAUUCACUUGCAAUGAAAGAGUCUUAUAUUAUCUCCAAAUAUGUAGACAACCCUUUACUAAUUGGUGGCAAAAAGUUCGAUCUUCGUCUAUAUGCACUGGUAACUUGUUUUAGACCUCUAAAAGCUUAUAUGUACAGACAAGGAUUUUGCAGGUUUUGUAGCGAAAAAUAUACCUCAGACAUCGCAGAAAUUGAUAAUAUGUUUAUCCAUCUCACCAAUGUCGCGAUCCAAAAGCACUCAGAUGUUUAUAAUGACAAACAUGGAGGCAAAUGAAGCCUCCCUAGUUUGAAAUUUUAUUUGGAAUCCACCAGAGGAAAAAAUGCAACUGAUAAGCUGUUUAAUGAUAUUAAGAAUAUUAUGAUACAAAGCAUGAAAGCGGUGCAAAGCGUUAUGAUUAAUGAUAGGCACUGCUUUGAGAUGUAUGGAUAUGAUAUUUUAAUUGAUAAUGAUCUAAAGCCGUGGCUGCUAGAAGUAAAUGCAUCACCAAGCUUAACUACUUCGACUGAAAAAGAUGUUGUAUGCUUAAAAGACAUAAAUUUUUUAUUAUUUUUUAAAAAAAAUUUCAAUUCGGUAUAUAAAUAUGGUUUCAAUAAAUAAAAAUUAAAGGCAAUAAAUAGCGCCCAGGCAUAUUAAAAUCCCAACUCUUAAGAGAUGUUUUCGCUAUUGUGGUGCCUCCAGAUUGGACUGACGAAAAAAGUAAGCAUGGUGCAAAUACAUGUACUGAAAAAAGUGUUGGCUUUUUUGAUUUAAUUAUUGAUGAAUCAGUAAAAGAGACUGAAAAAAUCGUAAAAAGAGGCCCAGUUCGGAGAGGAAACGGCCGUGGACUAUGGAAGUAA